AUGCUUGAAAAUCCCUCAAGUCUGGCGUACCUGCCUCUGUUGAUUGUGGGACCAUCUGGCGUAGGAAAGGGAACUAUAAUUAGGAAGCUGAUUGGGACCUAUUCUUCCCUGUUUUCCUAUAGCAUAAGCCAUACCACCAGGAUUCCUAGGUGCAAUGAAAUCCAUGGCAAGCACUACUACUUUGUUUCAAAUAGCGAAUUUUCUGCUAUUAAAGAGGCUGGGGGUUUUUUGGAGUGUGUAGAAUUCUGCGGAAACAACUAUGGAACUAGCAUCGCCGAAAUGAAUCGGGUUAGAUCUAACAAACAAAUUCCAAUACUGGAAAUUGACAUUGCAGGAUAUGUACAAUUGUUGGAAAUGAAUUUUAAAAUGAGGAGCAUUUUCAUCCUCCCACCUUCCUUAGAUGAACUGCGUACUAGACUUCUUGAUAGAGGAUCUGAUAUAGAGGAAACUAUAUCUAAGAGAUUGGAAAUCGCCAAAAAUGAAAUCGAAAUGAGCGAAAAAAUAUUUUUCGAUUCCAAAAUUGUAAAUAACUCUGUCGAAAAAACUAUCCAGGAGAUUGAUAAGCAGUUAAAUAGCUGGUAUAAGGAUGAAAUAACUAAACUUUAA